AUGCAGAGAUGCUGCUGCCAUGCUGCCAGGGAGGAGGGGCUAACCCUUGAACAGCAGCAGAAGGCAGUGCAGGAUGCCGCUUUCACACGCUACCUCGAAUCCUUGCGACAAGAUGCAAAGAAGGCCGUGGUUGAGGCCAAGGUUUGGGAGCAGACGGUGCAGGGUGGAAUGAACGACGAGGCGACCGAGCGCCUGCAGAAGAAGGACCUGUGCCAGAGGAACCAGGCCCAGGUCCUGGCGCAGAUUGAGAACAACAAGGCACGACGCGCAGAGGCGCGCAGAGAAUACAUCGAGGCCGCCUCCUCCCACUCGUUCCCGCUCUUCACCGAGACCUUUAUCUCUCUACCCGAAGUGGAAGAGUACGAAAGACAGCGCAAGGAGCAUUGGAGGAUGGAGCUUGACCAGCAAAUGGCCACCAACAAGAUCUUGCAGAACCUGGAGUUGAAGAAGCAUCAUGACAUGGCAUUGGCUUCCUACAAGGAUAAUGUGAAGCGCACGACGCAGGCUCGACGAGACGAGCGCCAGCGGCUGGCCUCGCAGGGCCGAGAACUGGUCGCUUCCUGGGAGAGGGAUAUCCGGAUCAAGGAUCUGAAGCGGGCCAUGGAAGUGGGCAAGGACGUUGUGAACGAGAUCGACGACCCGGUCCUGAAGGUCCAGAUCCUGAAGGACCAGCUUGGCAACCUGAAGAUCGGCGACUCCGUGGUCUUCAAAGUGUCGCAGAACCAGCUGGGCAUCCCGCAGGUCUCCUUCGCUCGGAAGCUGGAGGCGCUGACGCAGGAGCGGCAGAGGCUCAUGGAGGUCGAAGCUCCUCUGCCGACCCCCGGGACGUCGGAGUCAGACGCAGAGUACUUGGGCUUCGUCACCAGCUUCCAGCCCGAGCUGGGCUUCGGGUUCCUGAGCUGCGCGCAGACGCGGCAGCUCUACGGCCAGGAGGUGGUCAUCCACCGGGACCAGUUCGUGGACCUGAACGUCAGCGACGGCGUGCACUUCAAGGUGGCCUUGAACGCCAACCACCAGCCCAUUGCACGACGAGUGCGCAAGGCCGGUGGCGGCGACGCUCGAGCGGCGCCACCCGAGGCGCCCGGCCGCUCGGAGCGCUCUCGGUCCCGGAGCGCUUCCAUUUCCUCCCCACGGCGCAGGAGCCGCAGUCGCCGGCGCGACCGCAGGCGUUCUGGCAGCCGCAGGCGGUGA